AGUAGGAGAGUACGACAGGAAAGCACUAUCCAGUCCAACUUCUCCUGCAAUACAGGUCUCCUCUACUCAGCAGCCAUGAAAUUCUCCCUCAUUGCAACCAUUGUCCUGCUUGCUCUGGCACAAGGAAGCUUCGCACAAGAUGCUGCCGAUCUUGAAAGGCUCGGUCAGUACUUUGAGGAAAUGAAGACCAAGUUGAUUCAGGACGUGACAGAGAUAAUCCGCAGCCAGGACCUGACAAACCAGGCUCAGGCCUUUGUGGAGGACAAGAAAACCCAGCUGCAACCUCUGGUCGCUCAGAUUCAGGAGCAGAUGAAGACUGUUGCCACCCAGGUCGAGGAGCAGAUCAGGCCAAUGACUGCCAACGUGCAGGCUAAGCUCCAGCCCCAGAUCGAUAGCUUCCAGCAGCAGAUGGAGGCCAUCUUCAAGAAGCUGACAGAUCAGACCAUGGCCAUCGCCAACUAAGCAAACUGACCUAC